AUGAUUCGAAAAGGUUUCGGCAUGGAUCUACUGAUCAACCUCCUUGUGCUUUAUGGCCCUGCUGGAGUAGUCCGUUCUUCUCUUCGGUUCGCAACACAAUUGGCUUGGCUCCUUGAUACUCAUCUAAUAUCCUCCGCCAAAUCUUCCCAUUCUAAAAUCAAUUCAAGCGCCAGCACCAAUGCUUUGCAUUCUCUCAAACUUCCCUCGGUAAAUUCCAUUACGUCAUCUACCUCAUCCAUGGCUACAACAGCUGUUGAAGUCGUUCAGGGAGCAUCCGAACAAAAGUCUUCCAUCCAUGGUGGUUCCAGCAGUAGUUCUAAUAGUCUAAAUUGUCAGGGGGAUGACGAUGGUGACUAUGAGAAUAUCAGUGGAACGGUGGUUUUGCAUUCACUUUCUAUUGGGCCUGAUCACCUGACCAACCACAAACGGGCGGAUUCUGAUGUAAUCUGCCACUUUCUUGCUUCACGUGGUAUUGUAGUUUCUCAUUUACGUCCCGCAUUACUAUUAAACCAUACCUUUUUUAUAGGGCGUCCAGGCACUGAGGCACAAUCUCGUGUUAGUAAACAACUAGUAUCUGAUUCGCAGACUUAUAAGUCAUACCUUGAAGACAGUGGCAGCCAAGGUGAUGAUGGUCUCGACGCUGGUGGUGGCGGCAGUUGCCGGAAUGACGCCUGCGAUGCCGCAAAUUCAGUUAGAAGCGAAUCUUGGGCAAAGAUGCAUUCAGGAUUUUGCGCACCAACCUUAGCUACCCGUUCGGACACUCAUUUGCAUGUAAGACCACCACACCUUCCUCGAACAGAUAAUUUCUCAGUGACCAGUUUCUCCACCGACCUUCUGUAUCUUCCACCAAGUCAAACUCAACAGCUGGAUCGCUUACAAAAUACUCUUUCUGAUUUUCUCGACUGUGCUGCUGCUUCCUCCUCUACAAACUCCGUUGAACUUCACUCUAAAACAUCUUUGCGACCGGACAAGUUUGCUUGGUUGUGUAGGAAUCAGUGGGACUUUGUGAAUGCUCUCCUUUGUAUUAGCCGCAAGCUAACAGCCUUUCCGUCAAAGGAACAACGAACUGGCCAUUUGCAGGCGGAGCUUUACAAGCUUAACAUGGGCCUACCAGCAAGGGUUUGGUUGCCCGUAGAAAAAACAGAACACGUGGUACUCCGAAUUCCGCCCUCAGCGGCUGUAUGCCUUAAUUCCGCAGAAAAGGCGCCCUACCUGAUCUAUGUGGAGAUUUUGGAGUGCAAUGAUGUCAUGACUGUCCGUCUUCCCCAGCGAACUGGCACCACCUCCGGACUCACACCCUCAAACAUUCCAAAUCACCGUUUUCAUGACAACCAUAUCUUUAAUUUCAGUCCCCAACUCACUCCCUCCUCUUCUAAAAUGUAUUUGAGCAGUGCUGGCACCAUAACAGCAUCUGACAAAAUUAGCCUCUUCUCCAUGGAUUCCAGUGAAAGUCAAGGGACAGCAGACUCCUCGGUUGUAACCUUUGCCGCUGGUCCAAACCCCUCAAUUAUUCCACAUAGUGCCGUUGUAGAACCCUCGAAAUCUGUGCAACAGCUCAAGCAACCUACCGUAUGUUAUGUAAAUGCAAAAGAAAUUCGUCGACGACUCGAGCUGAAUCUGGCGUGUCAGCCACAAAGAUCAUUUAAGCUUGAUCCGGAGGAUCCAAGUGCAGUAGUGCUAAAAGAACCCUGGGAGUUGAAAGCGCAUCGAAUUAAGGAGUCUUCACCAUGGGGACAUCUUCCAGGUUGGCGACUGGCUGCAGCAAUUAUCAAAGUGGGCGACGAUUUGAGACAGGAACAAUUGGCUUAUCAACUUCUCACUAGCCUUCAGCGAAUCUGGAGCGAAAAUCGAGUUGACCUGUGGUUGCGUCCGCUGAAUAUUGCCAUCACCUCACCGGACAGUGGAUUGAUUGAACUUGUCCAAGACACCUUUUCAUUGCAUCAGAUUCGGCGACACUUUCGGGUUUCUCUUCUUGAUUACUUUAUUCGUGAGCAUGGACCCAAAAAUUCCGAGGGAUUUUUGAGUGCUCAAAAAAACUUUGUCCACAGCUGUGCGGCCUAUUGUCUGGUUGGGUACCUUUUCCAAGUGAAGGACAGGCACAACGGCAACAUCCUAAUUGAUAAAGAAGGCCAUGUAAUCCACAUUGACUACGGAUUUAUGCUCUCAGCGUCACCCGGAAGAAACUUGGGUUUCGAGAUGAGUCCAUUCAAGUUGACCUCUGAGCAAGUUGAAUUGAUGGGCGGUGUCGAUAGUGAAAUGUUCACUUACUACAAGACUCUCAUUCUUCGUGGUCUUCUGGUGGCUCGGAAGCAUAUGGAAGAGCUAAUUCUAAUUGUCGAUAUCACUCAAGCCGGUUACCCGGAUCUCCCCUGUUUCUAUCCUGGUGGGGGAAAGCGCGCGAUUGAGGCUCUUCGGCAGAGAUUUAUGCUCACUUCUACGGAGGAUACGGUCAUUCGAUUCGUUGACUGUAUGAUUCGCCAGUCGCUUAACUCCUUAACUACCCGGUUGUAUGACAAUUAUCAAUAUUUCGCCAAUGGAAUUCAGUGA